AUGUUUCUUUUCUUUUUCAGCUUGUUAAGCAGUGUACAUUGUGAAGAAGAAGUUGAAAAUAAGCCGCCAUUUAAGCUUCCGUUGUCACCUGAAGAACACAUGCAAAAAAUGAAUCAAAUGAAAGAAAAAAUUGAAAAUUAUCGAUCUCAAAAACGUAAAUUAAUCGAAGAAUUAGAAGAAGUAAGAGACAAAAUUCAUAAAGCAAAGCAAGAUGGAGCUGAUUUUGCCGAAUUAGAAAAAGAACAAAAAGAAGUUCGUCAAAAAAUCAUUGAUUUAGAUUCAGAAUUUCGUCAAACAAGAUCAAAAAUCUUCAGAGAUGAUUUAUCAUAUGACAAACAAAUACAUAAUAGAGUCGACCCUCAAGUUGUUGCGAGUAAAGAAGAGAAAUCGUUUUAA